AAAGCCUGUCUAGAACCAAACACCCCUCUCCACCGACUGCAAAUAAUCCGACUCCCACUGCUGGGUGCCCUGUCCCCUACCUCGGGUUCCGCGCAGAGGAAGGUGAGACACCAAUUCCACUCCCAAACCCCACGAAAACCCUCGCCGUCUUCGUCCAAAUCACUCGCUUGAUCUCUCCUCUCCGAACCCGGCAACCCCUUGAACUAGGGUUCCAGCGACCCAAUGACGGACGGCGACGACGAGUACAAGCGCGAGGAGUCGGUGGCCCUGCUGGUCAUCGUCUUCCUCGCCGCGCUCUCGCUCCUUUCCGUCAUCGCUGCCUUCGCCUACUACUGCUACAUUACUCGCAAGGUCUCCCGUCGCCUCCAGGCGUUCCAUAUCCCCAAGCGUUCCAGCUCCCAUCAUACGCUUCCUCCCCGGGCCCUGCCGCCGCAGCAGCAGGGGACGGACAACCCGUCCAGUAACUCCACCAGAGAUGGUGUCGGAGCGGCGGCGAUGUCGGUGGUGGCUGCUGGGGAGAGGGGCGUGCAGGUGUUCAGCUACCGGCAGCUUCACGCGGCCACGGGUGGGUUUGACCGGGCGCACAUGGUUGGGCAGGGCAGCUUCGGGACCGUGUACCGCGGGGUGCUCCCCGACGGGAGGAAGGUCGCGGUCAAGCUCAUGGACCGCCCAGGGAAACAGGGAGAAGAUGAGUUUGAGAUGGAGGUGGAGUUGCUGAGUAGGCUCCGAUCACCGUAUUUAUUGGGCCUGAUUGGCCAUUGUUCGGAAGGUGAACACUGUCUACUUGUAUAUGAGUUCAUGGCCAAUGGGGGUCUCCAGGAGCAUCUCUAUCCAAACAGAGGUUCAUGUGGUGGAAUCUCAAAAUUGGACUGGGACACAAGAAUGAGAAUUGCACUUGAAGCAGCCAAAGGUUUGGAAUAUCUUCAUGAACAUGUUAAUCCACCUGUUAUACAUAGAGACUUCAAGAGUAGCAAUAUUCUCCUGGACAAGGACUUCCAUGCAAGAAUUUCAGACUUUGGUCUAGCCAAACUUGGAUCUGAUAGAGCUGGUGGUCAUGUCUCAACUCGAGUUUUGGGCACACAAGGCUAUGUUGCACCAGAGUAUGCAUUGGCUGGGCAUUUGACUACCAAAUCAGAUGUGUACAGUUAUGGUGUUGUGCUUUUGGAAUUGCUUACUGGCAGAGUACCAGUUGAUAUGAAGAGGUCUCCUGGAGAAGGUGUUUUAGUUAACUGGGCAUUGCCUAUGCUCACUGACCGAGAUAAAGUUGUGCGGAUCUUGGAUCCAGCAUCGGAAGGUCAAUAUUCCUUGAAAGAUGCUGUCCAAGUGGCUGCUAUUGCUGCCAUGUGUGUUCAACCAGAGGCUGACUAUAGGCCAUUAAUGGCUGAUGUUGUCCAAUCGCUGGUUCCACUUGUCAAGAACCGUUAUAAUCAGAAAUCUUGCAAUCCCAAUGUGCAACCAUCGAAGCCACUUGACUAGGAGAAAAGCUAGUGUUUGAUCUGCAGUUUGUGCUCGUCCUUCUGGAACCCUUCUCGAGUUCUCGUCUAUAACGAACUACUGUUGAGACAGAUUCACACGCUUCCUAACAAUGAUUUCGUCUGCUGGUGCCCUCC